CAAAGAGGAGAAGUUGUUUUUCGUCCAAAAAGUGUGUCUUUUAUCGACUUUUAAUUCGUUCGUGUGGAAUUCGUAUUGACUUUGACAGUCUUAAUCUACUAUAGACGAUAACUGAUCGGAGCCGAACCAAUACUGCAAACAUUCGACAAGCAAAUCUGUCGUCGCACACCUCAUCCACUACAGCUUGAUAUCGGUGACGACAUAGACAUUUCGUGGAGAAGGAGUUGAUCAAAGAUGGGUAAUAUCUGUAGUUGUUGCGGUCGUUCUCGCAACGCACAAUACGAACCAUUAUUGUUGGACAACGAACGUGAUGCCGUUGCAGAUCUAUUGCAAUACCUAGAAAACAGAUCAGAGACAAACUUUUUCACAGGCGAUCCAUUACGUUCACUUUCAACAUUAUCAUUCAGUGAUAAUGUUGAUCUACAGAGAUCUGCUGCUUUGGCAUUCGCUGAAAUCACAGAGAAAGAGGUACGCGAAGUAGGAAGAGAUACCCUAGAACCUAUCAUGUUCUUAUUGCAAAGUCAUGAUGUCGAAGUUCAACGUGCAGCAAGUGCAGCUUUGGGUAACUUGGCAGUCAAUUCGGAGAACAAGCUUUUGAUCGUCAAAUUGGGAGGUCUUGAACCUCUUAUUCGUCAAAUGUUAAGUCCAAACGUUGAAGUUCAAUGCAACGCAGUAGGAUGCAUCACCAACUUGGCAACACACGAUGACAACAAGACAAAGAUCGCUAAGUCUGGAGCUUUGGUUCCUCUGACAAGACUGGCACGCUCAAAAGAUAUGCGUGUUCAAAGAAACGCAACUGGAGCUUUGCUCAACAUGACACAUAGCGAUGAGAACCGUCAACAAUUGGUCAAUGCAGGUGCCAUUCCUGUUCUCGUAGGAUUGUUGGGCAGCUCCGAUACGGAUGUGCAAUACUACUGUACAACAGCUUUGAGCAAUAUCGCAGUAGAUGCAACCAAUCGCAAAAAGCUUGCUCAAACAGAGCCAAAAUUGGUACAAAAUUUGAUCGGAUUGAUGGAUAGUUCAAGUUUGAAGGUUCAAUGUCAAGCUGCACUCGCUUUGCGUAACUUGGCAAGUGAUGAGAAGUAUCAAUUGGAAAUCGUUCGUUCGGGUGGAUUGCCUCCUCUUCUACGAUUGUUGCGUUCCAGCUUCUUGCCAUUGAUCUUGUCAGCCGCCGCUUGCGUUCGUAACGUUUCUAUUCACCCUUUGAACGAGAGCCCAAUCAUCGAUGCUGGAUUCUUGCACCCAUUGAUUGAGUUACUCAGUCAUGAAGACAAUGAAGAGAUUCAGUGCCAUGCAAUCUCCACUUUGCGUAACCUUGCCGCAUCCUCUGAACGAAACAAGACCGCAAUCGUAGAGGCAGGAGCAGUAGAAAGGAUCAAAGAGCUUGUCUUGGGCGUUCCAUUGAGCGUUCAAAGCGAAAUGACUGCAUGCUUGGCCGUUCUAGCGCUCAGUGAAGAUUUGAAGCCUCAAUUGUUAGAGAUGGGAAUCUUGGAAGUUCUCAUUCCUCUCACAUCAAGUCCAAGUGUGGAAGUACAAGGAAACAGUGCAGCAGCAAUUGGUAACUUGUCAUCCAAAUCGGAUGAUUAUGAAAGUUUCAACGGUGUUUGGCUUCAACCUGAUGGAGGUUUGCAAGGAUAUUUGAUAAGGUUCUUGGAUUCCAACGAUCAAACCUUCCAGCAUAUCGCCGUUUGGACAAUCGUUCAAUUGCUUGAAUCUGGCGAUUCAAGUUUGGAAGAGAACGUUCGUAAGAGUGAUAAACUUUUGCCAUUGAUCCGCACUUUGGCUGCUCAAGAACAUAGUAGUGCUGCAAGUGAUGCAAGACGUAAUUCGACCGAUGGAAGUGAUGAUGGAGGUGAUGCUGAAGCUGAGAUCAGUAGUUUGGCCAAAAAGAUUGAGGAAACACUACUAGAGUCAUCGCAACAAGAAGGUGGAGCACGGUGAUUAAAUCAAUAUUUCGCAAAUCUUCCUCAUUUUAAAAAAGUCUUUGUUAUAUUUGUACGUCUGUGGUGUCAGCCAUCCUUUUUCUUAACUUCCAUCCAUCUUUUCUUUCUCAUUAUCUUCUUUUUAUUGUGAUCAAGCACAAUCAUAAAUGAUUUGCAUAUCAGUAUGCAUUUCAACUUUCUUUUGACCAGCAUGAUUGCAGCUCACAUAGUCUUUCUCGUCCCUAUUUCGAUAUAUAUCUCACUAUGUACGCAGCAAUCUCUAACGCCAAAUUGAUGAUCUAUAAUAACACAAAAGAGGAUGCUUUAUUAUUAUUGUACAAAGAGUAUGACAGUUUCAUUCUGUUGUGUCUUUCUCAUGACUUGCAAGAUGGGCACCAGC